AUGAUCCACAACGCAACCAUGGAUUAUGUCCCUUCGGCAACGCCUGUAGCUAACGUUGCCACCCCGGCACCACUGCCAGAGGCGACCGUGUGGAACGCCACUGCCGGCGGCCUCCAGAGUAUCUGGACAGCUCCAGUAGUCCAGCGAGUGGCCACGUUAUCGGUGCUCAUGGUGCUGAACCUGGUCGGCAACGGUGUCAUCAUCCUGGUCGUAUCGGCCGCGGGGGUGAAGAAGGGCCUGAACAGAGUCAACAUCUUUAUCCUGCACCUCGCCAUCGGGGACAUCUGCGUGUGUCUGGUCACCAUGACCAGUGAGAUUGUGUUCGUGGCGUUCGGCCAGUGGGUGCUCGGACCGGUCCUCUGUAAGGUCAUCGUGUACGCGCAGGUCAUCACUCUGGCCAGUACAACAUUCAUCCUCACCGCGAUGAGUCUGGACCGGCACCAGGCCAUCACGGACCCGAUGAACGUGGCGGCGGACCCCGAGCGGAAGGCGAAGCGGAUGAUCCUGGCAGCGUGGAUCAUGGCGUUCCUGGUCGCCGUGCCGCAGCUCUUCAUCUUCCUGCAGCAGGAGAAGGAAGGGCCAGACGGCGUCAUCACGCACAGAUGUGUCAGUCAGGGGUACACGGCUGAGUGGCAGCGCAAGGUGUACAUGACGUGGAUGGCGGUGUACGUGCUAGUGGCGCCCGCAGUCAUCAUCACCUGCUGCUACGUGCGGAUCGUCAGGACCGUGUGGCACACCGACCGCGAGCAGCGCCGCAUGAGCUGCAGAAGGCAGAGGGGGAUGCGCCGCACGGGGUCCACCAUCACGUCCGCUAAAAUCAAGACGAUCAAGAUGACCCUCUGCAUCAUCAUCGGGUUCGUGACGUGCUGGACGCCGUACUUCGUCGUCACGCUGUACGAGGUCUACACGGGCAAGUCCCUGCCGGACGUGGCGUACGUCAUCGCCGAGACCAUGGCCCUCUUCAACUCCGCCUUCAACCCGAUCGUGUACGGGUUCUUCAACCUGAACGUGAAGAACACCAUCCUGUCCAUGCUGCCCUGCUCCUGGGCUGACGGCGGCUGGUCCCGCCCCAGCUCCCUCUACAAGACGGAGGACACGUACACGGACCCGUUCUUCAUGAGACGGUCGUUCCACAGGCUGUCCAGAAGCAGCAGCAUCAGGAGGAAACCCAACCCCAACCGCCGCGCCACGCUGGCGAUCGAGAUGGACAAUUUGGGCACGAGACGAAAAAGCUCCGGUUCAAGCAAUGGUAACAGGGUGCCGAACUCCAACGGUGUGCUGAAGUCAGCAGUGUAG